CCCCGACGCCGCCAGACCCGGGGGGCGGGGGCGGCCAGGUCUGGACCUCGGACCCCGGCCUUGAGCUGCUCCACCGAGCCCGCCUCGCGGCCCCCUCUCCCAGCCCUUCCCAUCUACGUGGGCGGUGGCCAUGGAACCGCCCCCUCCCCAGGCGUCCCCCUCCCCAGAGCCAGGCCCCUCGUCGACUCCCGAGGCUCCAGGACAACCACCCCGGCUCGGCCGCUACCUCCUCAUUGACACGCAGGGUGUCCCCUACACGGUGCUGGUGGAAGAGGAAGCCGCGGCUCCCGCAGGAGAGGUGUCUGCAGGGUCAACCUCCCGAAAAUGCUACAGCUGCCCCGUGUGCUCGCGGGUCUUUGAGUACUUGUCCUACCUGCAGAGGCACAGCGUCUCGCACUCAGAGCUCAAGCCCUUCGUCUGCGCCGUCUGUGGGAAAGCCUUCAAGCGAGCUAGCCACCUGGCCCGCCACCGCUCCACACACCGGGUGGGGGGCGGCCGACCACACGCGUGUCCCCUGUGUCCCCGACGCUUUCGAGAUGCGGGGGAGCUGGCCCAGCAUAGCCGAGUACACUCGGGUGAGCGCCCCUUCCAGUGCCCUCACUGCCCUCGACGAUUCAGUGAGAGAAACACCUUGCAGAGACACACUCGGAGAAAGCACCCGUGACCAGGCUGGGGAAGGCCCUUACCAGGGGAAGGACCAGAGAGCUGUGCCCCACACGCUCCCCUCCAGCUUCAGGGACGUGGGCUAGGCCCCGAGAGCCUGGAUCUGCCCUCCAAGCUCUUGGCUAGGCAUGGCUCUGGGCUUGGGUUUCCUCCUCUCUGAAAUGAGGGGGUCGGACCAAGAUUGACAGAGCUCUAACGUGUUUGUACCACUGACACUCAGAUGUACCUCCCCAGCCUCAGAGGCCCCUCUCCAAGGCCGUGGCCAGCCCUUCCUGCCCCAGAGGGAGCUCUUGGUGCAGAGCUUGAACCUGACUUUUCACGGCCAUUUCUGGAGUGUCUUACAAGCUAGGGGAGCCUCAACUCCACCCCCACCUAGGGAAGCACUGGGCUGCGGUAGCUGGGGAUCCCCUCGAACUGGCCCUGGUGGGAGGAGAUGGGAUUCUCCUCUGUCUUGUAGGGCAGGUGUUGUGGAGGGGCACCCCCCCUCCCCCGCUGCAAACCAAUGAGCAGAAUAAAUGCAA